CUCCUCUUCUCCUGGCAGGUGGUACCCAGGCAGAAUUCUGCCUUCAGUCUCUCUCUCGCUCCGCUCCCGGCCGUGAGGCGCUCGCCGCUGCUCGCUCGCUCCUCCACCCCAGCCCCGAGCCUCGCCGAGCCGACAGUGCCCGCCGCCGCCGCCGCUGGGCGAACCCGGGGGACGCCCGGGCCCACGCGGGGCUUUGGGGUGCGCGUCUAUUCGAGUUGUGGUGGUGGCAAAGGAGGAAGAGAGAAAGGAGGCAAUUAAAAAAAAAAGGCAGCGGACGGGCGAACUGAGCGAGCGAAAGAAGAGGAGGAGGAGGCAGAAAAAGGCAACUUCAGACGGAAAGUUGGUGCGAACUGGCGCAGUCUGCAAAAACGGAAAAGUCGAUCGCAGGCGGCGGCGGCAUAAAAGUGUGAGCGGCCCGGGCGAGCGCAGGAGGCGGCGGCUGGCUCUGCCCUCCGGGUGGCCGCGCCGGAGCCCGCUGCAGCCACAGGUGCGAAGGAGCUCGCGGGAGGCGAGGGCGCCCCGCGCACCCCUCCCCCGACCCCCACCCCAGGCUCGGGACUUCGGCUCAAGUCACUGGGCGCCCGCGCUCCCUCCCCAGCCGCAGCCUCCGCGGGGGGAGCAGGAGUCGGCAGCAGCGGCCGGCGCGCGCCCGCCCAGGGGAGUUGGGGUUCGCAGGGGGUUGUUUUCGGCUCUGAAGAGGUCCCCGCCCAACCUUCAAAAUUCUGUCCAAAAGCAGACAAGAGGAUCGCCCCGCGCUGAGCCGGCUGGUGGGCAGCAGGAGGCGCCUGAUUGCCGCCGGGGCGCUGGGGGUGGUGAUGGUGCUGCUGCUGGUGAUCCUCAUCCCGGUGCUGGUGAGCUCGGCCGGCACGUCGGCGCACUACGAGAUGCUGGGCACCUGCCGCAUGGUCUGCGACCCCUACGGGGGCACCAAGGCGCCCAGCACCGCUGCCACGCCCGACCGCGGCCUCAUGCAGUCCCUGCCCACCUUCAUCCAGGGCCCCAAAGGCGAGGCCGGCCGACCCGGGAAGGCGGGUCCGCGCGGGCCCCCCGGAGAGCCCGGGCCGCCGGGCCCCAUGGGGCCCCCGGGCGAGAAGGGCGAGCCGGGCCGCCAAGGCCUGCCGGGCCCGCCCGGGGCGCCCGGCCUGAACGCGGCCGGGGCCAUCAGCGCCGCCACCUACAGCACGGUGCCCAAGAUCGCCUUCUACGCCGGCCUCAAGCGGCAGCACGAAGGCUACGAGGUGCUUAAGUUCGACGACGUGGUCACCAACCUCGGAAACCACUACGACCCCACCACCGGCAAGUUCACCUGCUCCAUCCCGGGCAUCUACUUCUUCACCUACCACGUCCUGAUGCGCGGAGGGGACGGCACAAGCAUGUGGGCUGAUCUCUGCAAAAACAACCAGGUGCGUGCUAGCGCAAUUGCCCAGGAUGCUGAUCAGAAUUACGACUAUGCCAGUAACAGUGUGGUUCUUCAUUUGGAGCCGGGAGACGAAGUCUAUAUCAAAUUAGAUGGCGGGAAAGCCCAUGGAGGGAACAACAACAAAUACAGCACGUUUUCUGGAUUUAUUAUUUACGCUGACUGAUAAUGCAGAGACUAAGCUUAUCAUUCUGAGUUUGAACACUGGAUGCGUAUGGCUAACGUCAGUGAAUCAAGGAUCCCAGGGGAUGCCAAUGGCAGGGCACCUCGGUUGUGUAUAUGUGGGGAAAUCAAAUGCUACCUGACUCACAUCUGUAUUACUCAGAAACAUCAUGUAAAAAAUAUCAAAGCAAGAUAAGCAGAUGUGUGAUCCACUACCGCCAAAGCAAAUACUCCUUAUCGUUAGUGUCCAUGUGAAUGAAGUCCUAUAUAGAUCACAAAUUUUUAUAGACAAAUCUAAGACAUUGAAUUAUUUCUUCAAUAUAUAUGAUACUUUGGUGUACUGUGAUCUUGCUGCUUUUAUCCAUAUGUCGGCUUUGGUUCUUGUGAGUUUACCUGCUUAUUAUGAUACUUGGAGUCCAUUCAUAGCGUGGGGAAGAAUGAUUUUUACCCUGCAGGAGAAGGUCUAAUUGAAAUAAUGCUGCUUGUCCCCAAAGAAAUUGUUUGCCUUGUACUCUUGUUAACUUUAGAGCUAGACCUGGGAAUGAUUCUACUUCAAGCCUUAACCUGGAAUUUUCUGGAUUUGAGGGAAUUCCCAAGCCUAUGAUCAUUUUCACAUUUUCUUUUUCUUAUAUGAAUUUUCUUUUCUCUCUUUUCUGGUGAUAGUCUUUAAAAAUAGAGAUUGACAGUGUAUCAUAGGAUUACCCUCUAAGUGUGAAAAUGUGUAAUUAUGUGCGGUAUUUAGAAAAAGCCCUUAUGUGUCCAUUUUGUCAACUGAAUACAUUUAGAUUCACUGGGAAAGUCAGAGAAAUUUAUUCUUUAGUAUCAAAUCAAGCCGAGGCUUUUGCCAUCUUUGGAACAAAAGAUUAUUCACAACCCAAUGCACAAAGGUUUAAUUUGAGCUGCUGCAGAUGUCACCAAGGGGACACUAGGUGAGGCCUUCAAAUGGUUACUACAAGUCUGUGGCCUGAGGUUAUUUCAAAAUUAACAAUUUCACAUAUAACCAAUAUGACAAUAGUGUUUAUAUUUUAUACAAAUAUCUGCUAAACACACACACAUAUACUCACACACACAUAUAUAUGUUAGAUGAAAUGUUUUAUAUACAUAUAAAACAUAUACAUAUAAAACAUAUAUAUAUGGCUUUAUUCCAUAGGUCACAGUGGCUGUAUAGCCUCAAAAUUUUAAUAUAAAAAAGUAUAUGCAUAUAUAAACACACAAACAUGCAUAAAUUAUUUAACUUAUUUUGGGUUAAAAUAUAUUUUGAAUGACAAUAUAUGGAGUAGCAAAAAGAGUUAAAACAACUUCUCUUUAAGAGUUAUCUAGAAAAUUAAUUGUAUUAGGUAAAAAUGCCCUUUAUUUUACAGGUCUGUAAGUUAAGGCUAUGGUUGUUGUAUUACCAUAUGCCAAUCAAUACUUUAACUGCAUUCUGUGACAGAUUAUUGAUAUGAGGACUGCAGAUACCAAGUGGCUCUCCUUUGCAGUGUUUAUGAAUUAUAUGCAUUUGAGCUAUCAAUUUUUUUUCUUUUUUCUCAGGUGGACUGAAGCUGACAGUACAGUAGAUUUGGAGAGUAAUACAAAUCUUUUCUUGCUGGUUAGAACACACUGCCAAAAGCCAUCUCUUUCAUCUAAGGAAAAGAUUAAAAAUGCAUGUUGAUAUCUCCUAACUAUCACACAACUUCCACUAUUACAAUGAAAAAUCUGUUCCCCUUUCAUUGCCUUUGAAAACUCUUUGACAAGUAGAUUUCAAAAACAGAAAUUUUAAAAAUUUGCUUCCUUUACUGGUGAAGGACACUUGCAUUUUUUUUUAUAUAAAGGAAUUAAUUUGUUCUCCUGGCUCAUUCCUCUUUGUUACUUUCUGUUCCAAUACACAGAAAGCUUGAACAUCUCUGAUCAGCCAAAAUAUCUUUUAUUUAGUAAAGCUCAACUUCCCAAGAGUUAUGCAUGGUGUGCCUAUCUGAAGGUGGUGGUAGCUCUGCUGAAAUGCCUGCGUCUGAGUAACUGUCACGAUUUUUAUGAUUAAAAACAAACUUUUCAUCAAGAAUAAGGACAAAUUCUAAUUGGCCUUUGUGAUAUGUAAGAUAACUCAUAAAUGAAUCACAAUGGAUUUUAUUUCGAAUUAACUAUAUAUUUAUCAAAGAGGAAUUGGCAGCAAGGGUUUGGAGAAUAUUUUUAGGUGCCAAAUAGCAUAGUGAAGAUUCAACCAAAAGAUGAAUUUAUAAGCAGCAGUGGCCAUCACCUAAGUGUUUUAACUAAGAGUUUUUAAAAAUGCUUUAUUUACACAAAAUAUCACGGCUGGAUACCUUUUAAAGAGGAGGCUCUAGUAUCAGGCUGUCAUUUCCAAUAGAUCUGACCUUUUCUUCAGAUAAAUAAGCAUUAUUUUCUCUGUUUAG